GGAGGGGGGGAGCCUCCCGAAAAGAACCACCUUCUCGGCGCGCGCGCAGUGACGCCACGGGUGGGGGAGGCUGGUGCCGCUCCCUCGCAGGCGGCGCCAUUUUGUGUUCCUAGCUGUGGCAGUCGCCCGAAUCGUGCGAGUUGGGCAGCGGAGGUAGGGCCCUUCGGGAUGGCGGAGAUUUUGUCAGGCGCAGGCGAUUCCAGUUCUGUCACUGCAGGGCUCAGCUCUGCCUCCUCAGAGACCGGGACCCGGCGGUUAAGCGACCUGCGGGUGAUUGACCUCCGGGCCGAGCUGAAGAAGCGGAACCUGGAUAGCGGCGGCAACAAGAGCGUCUUGAUGGACCGACUCAAGAAGGCAAUUGAAGAUGAAGGGGGUAAUCCUGAUGAAAUUGAAAUUACAUCUGAAGGAAGCAAGAAAACAACUCCAAAGAGACCCAGCAAAGCAGGACGAAAAACAGAAGAAGAGGGUGCUGAAGAUAAUGGACUGGAGGAAAACUCUGGAGAUGAACAGGAAGAUGUUGAAACAAGUUUGGAUAAUUUUCGAGAUAUUGACAUGAUGGAUAUCAGUGUCUUAGAUGAAGCCGAAAUAGAUAAUGGGAGUGCUGUAGAUUGCGGAGAGGACUACAGUGCUGAUAAUAUUCUUGACUCCCUAUCUGAUAGUAAAGAAAAUGCUGAUGCAGAAAUGAAGGAAUUUCCAGAUCAGCUUACAGAACAUGCUAUGGCAGACAAGGAGAGUGUAAACAAUUUAGAUACUUCGUCAUCUGACUUCACUGUGGUGCAGGAGAUUGAAGAUCCAUCCUUGGAGCCAGAAAAUGAGAAAAUACUCGACAUUUUGGGGGAAACUUGUAAGUCUGACCCACUAAAAGAAGAAGGUUCCGACCUGGAGCAGCCAUUUUCACAGGAUGCAAGUAGCGUGGGGCCAAACAAAAAGCUUGCAGAGGAAGAGGACAAUUUUGUCACCGCUCAUCCAGAGGAGGAUGCAUUAGAUUUGGACAACGAGUCAACACAAGCAAUUGCCAGGAAGGCAGAAAAGCACUUAGAUAUAGUGAAAAGGGAGAAAAGCGAGCAGAAAGUAGAUGAAGAGAAAAUGGACUCUGACACUGUAGUGGUAGAGAACCUAAAUGAUCAGAGUAGCAGAGCAUCAGAAAAUGCAGAAGCUUCUAGCGAGGAAGCCCAGGAAAUGCCAGAGAAAGCCUCAAGCCCUGAAACCAAAGAUAGCAAAGAAGACGUUAAGAAAAAUGAAGAUGAAGCUAAUAAUGAAGAUUCAUCUGCUACUAAAGAGUCCUCUACCAAUGAGGACGGUGAUCAGAAAAUGAGCUGUAUUGAAGAGGACUCAGAUACCAAAAGAGUCUCCAAAGAUGAAAAAGGUCAUGCCACUAGCAGUUGUGGUAGAAACUUUUGGGUUAGUGGACUUUCUUCUACUACCAGAGCUAUAGAUUUGAAAAAUCUUUUCAGCAAAUAUGGAAAGGUUGUUGGUGCCAAGGUGGUCACUAAUGCUCGAAGUCCUGGGGCUCGAUGUUAUGGUUUUGUCACAAUGUCCACAUCUGAGGAAGCAACAAAAUGUAUUAACCAUCUUCACAAGACAGAGCUUCAUGGGAAAAUGAUCUCAGUAGAAAAAACAAAAAAUGAACCUGCUGGGAAGAAAACUUCAGACAAAAGAGAAAGUGAUGGAAAGAGAGAGAAAUCAACUAAUAGUGACAGAUCUACCAACAUAAAAAGAGACGAUAAAAUGGACAAAAAAGAUGAUACUAGAAAAGAUGAUGGAAGUGACGAGAAGGAUAAAGAUGAACAGAAACCUGGAUCUGAUCGAGCUAGAGCUACGAAGUCAGGAAGUCGAGGUACAGAGAGGACUGUAGUAAUGGACAAAUCCAAAGGAGAACCUGUUAUCAGUGUAAAAACAAGUGGAGGAAAAGAGGGAGUCUCAAAGAGCCAAGAUCGCAAAUCUGCCAGCAGAGAAAAACGGUCUGUUGUGUCAUUUGAUAAGUCCAGAGACCAGCGGAAGAUGAGAGAUUCAGAGUCCCGAAGAGCAUGUGAGUGGAGUGAGAGAGAGGAACGAAUCCAAGCCUUACAGGAGCGAGAAGAAAGAGAACGCCUGGAAAUAGCUCGUGAGAAACUUGCUGUUCAAAGACAGCGUCUAGAAAGAGAAAGGAUGGAAAGAGAGCGGCUGGAGAGGGAGAGGAUGCAUAUAGAGUAUGAGAGGCGCAAAGAACAAGAGCGAAUUCUUAGGGAGAGGGAAGAACUCCGCCGACAGCUGGCACUCCGUUAUGAACAAGGAAGACGACCUCCAAUCAGACGCCCUUAUGAUGUGGAUGGCAGGCGGGAUGAUUCCUAUUGGCCAGAAGGAAAGAGGGCAGCACUGGAUGACCGAUACCAUUCUGAAUUUAGCCGCCAAGAUCGCUUCCAUGACUUUGACCAUAGAGAUCGUGGCCGGUACCAGGAUCGUUCAGUGGACAGGAGAGAAAGUUCCAGGUCAAUGAUGGGAGACAGAGAUGGACAGCACUAUGCAGAACGCCGUGGAGGACCAGAUCGCCGUGGACGGGAAUCUCGAGAUGAGUGGAGCAGUUAUGGAUCUGAGAAGAGAAUGAGCAAAGGAAGAGGGCUGCCUCCUCCACCCAGGGGACGAGACUGGGGAGACCAUGGUCGAAGGCUAGAUGACCACCAAGAUCGCUCAUGGCAAGGAAAUGUAGAUGGAGGAAUGAUGGGUCGAGAUCAUGAGAGAUGGCAAGGAUGGCAGAGCCAAUUCAUGUGAAAAAUGAUUUGGAACUUUUAAUACUGUGCAAGCUCUUUGAUGGAUUUCUGGUAAAAAGAGUGAUUGAUAAUAUGUGAUCCCAGCUCCCCUUCAUCGCCUCAAAACAGCCAGAAAUAUGCCCAGUGAAGCAAAAGAACAAACCUGUCUCCUUUAAAACAAAAAUGAGAAAGCUACAAGUUUUUUAGAAGCUCCAUUAAAAAAAAACCCGGAAGAAGAACCAAGGAAGAAAAUAAGUGCUCUCAACAAAUUCAAGGACAUGAGAAUUGACUGUUUGGCAUAACAAGAUGGCAAAUUUGGAUAAGCACUUGAGGUCUCUUCAUACUAAGUGAAUGUACCUUGUACAGCUUCAUCAGAUAAUUAGAGAAUUACUGUUGUCCCAUGAAAACACAACGAAACAAAGAGUUUGUAGGAUUUCAGAAAAGAGAAUUGUCUAGAAUUAUUGGAAACCAAGGUCAAAAUACAGAUUCUUAGAAUUGGAGGAGACACUCUCUACUAUCCCCCCUCUUCCCCCAGACUUUACUCACCAAGAAAGUAACCAAGUUUGGAGCUUCAGCAUUAAAGAAUUUUAUGGGCAUCCAGGAGAAAACCCUUCAGAUAGCAAGAAAUCAUACAGAACAAUUCCUCAAAGACAAGAAGCAAAAGACAAUGCUGGAAUGUGAGAGACGUGGAAUCUAAGCAUCUCAGUUUACAUCCCAAAAGAGUAUCACAAAAUUGAACGUGAUCUUCUGUUUUUUCUUUCCUAUGGAGAAUGUUCAGUAAGAUGAAGGAAUUUGCAUAAUUCUUACUAAGGAAAACUGAUGAGCAGGCAUUUGAUAUACUAAUUAAUCAAACAAAAAAAAUUCAUGUAACAAGAAAGACCAAGUGGUAAUUUAAUGUUCACAUGGAAAGAGGCACUUUUCCUCUAAAAGUCUUGCCUUUUUAUUAAGAGAACAAUUACGGACAAAGCCUAUGAAAUGGGGUGGGGGAGGGGGGGAGUUGUGUGCAUAGACAAGGGGUAAGGGGGACAGAUCCAGAGAAGCGGAAAGGGAAGUUUUUAAUUUAAAGAUAGUUAGAGAUUAACAAAGUAAAAUAAAGGAGUGCUGAUUUGAACAGAGGGUAAGGGAACAUCUGACCCCAGGGAAUGAGACUAGAAUGUUUCAAGCAAAAAAAUAAAUAAAUAAAUAAAGGUA